AUGGGCAGAACUUUUGUCUCCUGGGUACAAAAGGGCCCUAGCAAGACCUUGAAAAAGAUCCACCGGAAAGCCGAACAAUGGGCAGCCAAGCACGGUUCCCAGUUUGCUCCAGCAAAAUAUGAACUGGCUCACUUCACCAGAGAUCCCAGAAAGAACAGCACACAUGCUCUCCGCUUAUCACACGCCACUAUCGAGGCCUCUACGUCAUGCCGCUAUCUAGGUAUUCAAAUGGACACCAAGCUUCGCUGGGAUGACCACCGCGAUAAGGUAGAGGCGGGGGCGACGAAGCGGCUCUCGGCUCUGUCAGCACUCGCUUCUUCGACAUGGGGCACCGGGGCCAUCAAUCUCCGGCAUGUAUACCGCGCGAUGAUCGUACCCCAGAUGCUGUACGGGUGUUCAGCGUGGCACAACCAUGGGAACGGCUAUGCAAGCAGAGGUUACGCUAUGACGAGUACAAUCCAGAGGAUCCAGAGACGUGCAGCUCAGAUCAUCACAGGGGCCUUUCGGACAACGGCCGGUGCAGCAGUGGACGUCGAAUCUCAUCUACUCCCGGUACAACAGCAACUUGAGCAAACUGCGUUGGAAGCCACAAUGCGCAUCAGAAGAACACCGCUACACGACGACAUAGCCAUGACUGAGACUGGGAGGGGGAGCCUAGAACGCCCGCCCAAGGACGCAGCGAACAGAACCCCCUCGACCGUUUCUCGAACACGUUAG